CGGAGGUGGUGGAGGUGCUGCUGCUGCUGCUGCUGCUGCUGCUGCUGGAGGAGGAGAGGACGCGAUAGCAGAGGGAGCCACCGGUAUGAUAUGCAACAAAAACGGAGACUGUAGAAGGGACCCGACCAGCUCAGGGAGCCUCUCCUCUCUCAUCUCCAGGCAGGAGAAGCGGGCGGAUGGAGUAGUGGCCGCCGGGGACGGGGAGGGACACGCUGCGCGCAUGGAGGGCUCCGUCGCUUCAGCGGGGUCCCUGGCGCAGGGGCCGGGCGCCGAGGUCAGGAGCGCGGCGGCGCUGGAGAAGAAGGACUCCAGGGUGUCCUUCUCCAACGCGCCGACCGGCAAAGGACCGACUCCGAGUCCGCACUCCAGGAAUUCGGUCACGUUCACCAAAGCCGAGGACGGCUCUCAGAUAGUGCCGGAUGAUGGAGAUCCACGGGAGAGCCUGACGUACAUGCAGCGGCAGUUUAGUUCCAUGCUUCAGCCCGGAGUUAACAAGUUCUCCCUGCGCAUGUUUGGCAGCCAGAAGGCAGUGGAGAAAGAGCAGCAGCGCGUAAAGUCUGCGGGUAAUUGGAUUAUCCAUCCAUACAGCGACUUCAGGUUCUACUGGGACUUCACCAUGCUGAUGUUCAUGGUGGGCAACCUGAUCAUCAUCCCCGUCGGCAUCACCUUCUUCAAGGAGGAGACAACCACCCCCUGGAUCAUCUUCAACGUGGUGUCCGACACCUUCUUCCUCAUGGACCUGGUGCUGAACUUCCGGACCGGCAUCGUGUUCGAGGACAACACCGAGAUCAUCCUGGAUCCCAAGAAGAUCAAGAGGAAGUACCUGCAGAGCUGGUUUGUGGUGGACUUUGUCUCUUCCAUACCUGUGGAUUAUAUCUUCCUCAUCGUGGAGAGGGGGAUCGACUCGGAGAUGUACAAGACGGCCCGGGCGCUCCGCAUCGUCCGCUUCACCAAGAUCCUCAGCCUGCUGCGGCUGCUGAGGCUGUCCAGGCUCAUCCGCUACAUCCACCAAUGGGAGGAGAUCUUCCACAUGACCUAUGACCUGGCGAGUGCCGUGAUGCGAAUAUUCAACCUCAUCGGCAUGAUGCUGCUGCUGUGCCACUGGGACGGCUGUCUCCAGUUCCUCGUCCCCAUGCUGCAGGACUUCCCGUCGGACUGCUGGGUGUCCCUCAACAAGAUGGUGAACGACUCGUGGAGCGAGCUCUACUCCUUCGCCCUCUUCAAGGCCAUGAGUCACAUGCUGUGCAUCGGAUACGGAAGACAAGCGCCGGAGAGCAUGUCGGACAUCUGGCUGACCAUGCUCAGCAUGAUCGUCGGCGCCACCUGCUACGCCAUGUUCAUCGGCCACGCAACCGCACUCAUCCAGUCUCUGGACUCAUCCAGGCGGCAGUACCAGGAAAAGUACAAACAGGUGGAGCAGUACAUGUCGUUCCACAAGCUGCCGGCAGACUUCCGGCAGAAAAUCCACGACUACUACGAGCACAGGUACCAGGGCAAGAUGUUUGACGAGGAGAGCAUCCUGGAGGAGCUCAACGAGCCUCUGCGCGAGGAAAUCGUCAACUUCAACUGCCGCAAGCUGGUGGCCACCAUGCCGCUGUUCGCCAACGCCGAUCCCAACUUCGUGACGGCCAUGUUGACCAAGCUGAGGUUCGAGGUCUUCCAGCCCGCCGACUACAUCAUCAGAGAGGGCACCGUCGGCAAGAAGAUGUACUUCAUCCAGCACGGGGUGGUCAGCGUCCUGACCAAAGGAAGCAUCGGCAUGAAGCUGAUGGACGGCUCCUACUUUGGAGAGAUCUGUCUGCUGACCCGCGGCAGACGGACGGCCAGCGUGCGAGCGGACACCUACUGCCGCCUGUACUCGCUCUCCGUGGACAACUUCAACGAGGUGCUGGAGGAGUACCCCAUGAUGAGGAGGGCCUUCGAGACGGUGGCCAUUGACAGGUUGGACCGCAUAGGCAAGAAGAACUCAAUCCUGAUGCACAAAGUCCAGCACGAUCUGAACUCGGGUGUUUUCAACAACAGCGAGAACGAGAUGAUCCAGGAGAUAGUCAAGUACGAUCGGGAGAUGGUUCAGCAGGUCGACGUGCCUCGACCGCGGGCCAUGUCCAUGACCCCUCCUCUCUACGGGGGGAUCUUUAACUCUCCAGGUUCCUCCGCCCACCCCCAGAAUUCGGCGAUCGGCACUCUGCAGCAGGCCGUGGCCAUGAACUUUUGUGCCCCCGUGCAAGGGAACUCGAUGGGGGCGGCGAGCCUGCAGUCGCCCAGGAUGGUGAGGAGGUUCCAGGUGGUGGAGAGCGUGUCCAGCCCCGUCUCGGCGUCUCCGCUGCCGUCUCAGUACCUCGCUUGUGGUGCCUUUGCCCCCGUCCUUUCCAGCCCUCCUGUCCAGAGCCCGCUGGUGCUCGGGGGGCGGUUCCAGUAUGGGUCCGGCGCCCUGGCUGGUCCCACCUCAGGCUCCCAGCUCUCUCUGGCGCCGCAGCACACGGCCAGCCCCGCCCACCGGCCCAGCUCGCACACCAGCACGCACUCGCUGCAAAUGGGCACUUUGAGCCAAGACGCCCGGGCGCUGUCCGCCUCUCAGCCCUCGCUGCCUAACGAGGGGGCGCAACAAAGGGCCCCUAGUCCCCCCGGGUCCACGCGGGUCUCCUCCACUUCUAUCGGACCCCCUCACGCCCCAUCAAGUCACAUAGGCUCCCGGAGCGCUAUUCCCCAGAGGGUGGUACUGCCCCAUCAGAUGUCCGUGGGGGGCCUCCCCAUGGCGCCCCUGACUGGUUCUGCACAGGGUUUUGGGGGCGGGGCAGGGCUGGCCGUAGGCGGUGCAGGAACAGGUCCGGGGGACUCGGGAUUACCCAAGAAAGACUCCAUAGUGAGCCUUCCCGAGACCGACCACAUCAAAAUCAGAUCCAGGCUAUCUUCAAACUUGUGAUCUUAAAUUAAACUCUGGUGGGGGACUGACUCAAUGGAGGGUUGGGGGAGGGCACUUAUCUGCAGGAACACUGGGGGGGGAGGAGGGGGGAUUUCUGCUGUGACUCUCCGAAUGUAUGAACGUUGAUCGAGCGACAGAAGAGAAGACGUGAGGUCUGUUGGUGGACUUUAGAAACUGCAGCAUUGCGACGCUUCUACUCGGAAACCGUAGUUGCACAGUAGAGGUAAAGUAGCAUCUUCCCAUCACAGACCCCUUGAUUUACCGUAUUUUAGUCAACAACAUAUGGGCACAUCUGUUUCACUAUCCUUUUAUUCAUCACAGUCAAUGUUAACUCGGGGUUGAACAGGACUUAAGAGGAAAUCAGGGAUAUCAGGAGUAAUUUAAUUUGGUAUAACUACUUCAUUUAGCACAUUUUGACACAAGGCUGGCGGUUGAAGACGAUCUUCCCAUCACAUCACAUUUGUGUUUUCUUUGUCUGUGUUAUUUUGUUUCUUGUGUGUCCCCAUGAAGCAAAUUUGUAAGCACAAAACUGACCUUUUAAUUAUCUUAUUUAAAAAAAAAGAUAGGUGGAUAACUUUGUUUUUGGAUCUUGUAACAGUACGUGAACAUCCUUCCUACUGAGCUAAGGGACUAAUUGCCUGGUUUCCGGCCCAUCCAUUGAUUUCUGUAGGAAAUCUCGGCAUGGUUGUUUAAUUUAAGUUGCAUCAAUCCAUUUUUUUUUAUACUAAGAGUGAAUCAAAAGACUACGGUUAAUGUAAAGGGAGUUGCUGGCAGUCAUGAACCCACUGAGAAUGAUCACUCACCUUAUAGAGGAUUUUAGCUUCUUUCUUUUCUAAUUGCCCUUUGAUUCGUUACAUUUAAAGCUCACAGAUUUCUUAUAAUUCAUUAAACCCCCUAAAGCCAAUGACGUUCCACCUAAACCUUUAGCAAGCUGAAGAGCCAGAUGUUUAUUCUCAGGAGUUUGGGUAGAAAUGGACGUGUAAGCAGUUGUUUUAGGAGCAUGUCUGCCAUGACAACUUGAUAAAGUAAUUAUAGGUUACUUGUUCCCCCAAGUGGCCCGAAAACUGAUUAUUGCAGCUUCAAGAUAAAUGCAUGUAACAAGACCCAAUGACGGUAUACGGGACUAAAAGACACUUCUACUUAACAACAGAUUUGUUGGAUUAAUAAAACAGAAACAUCCUACAAUUUGUGAAAAUUAUAAUUCACUGCCAACAAAGAAUUUUGUACGACUCAAAAUGUAAAUCCAUUCAAAAUAAGAUAAUCACAUCACGUAGAUCCAUUGUUUUCUGCCCCUCACAUUUCAUGCAGUGGCAGUUUGGGUGACUUUGCCAAAGCCGUACAGAUGAAGAAGCUGCAGCUGAUUCUUUGCAGGACGCAUACUGCCGGGUGCCUCCGUCAUUAACGCCGAUCUACGUCCAAAAGGCAUUAUGAAAAAAAACGGAACCGUUUCUCGUGGACAUGUCAUCCUAUUCAACUCGUCCCGUUAAUGCCUGAACCAUUACUGGGUAAUGCGAGUGGGAAUUGGAAUCCCUGGGGUCUGUUUGGGGCUAUUAAUACGCUCCUUCGAUUGGAUUUCAUUAUUCAUUGCCAGUGAUGAGUUUUGCAUUUUGUUUCACUUUUCGGUCCCGGCGUUGUUCUUCGCCUUCGGAGUUCUCGCCGGGACAAAGUUGAAGGUUUGUGAGUAUUUUUAUACAGUGUUUUUUGGUUUCAUGCUCAAUUUGCCCUGUGCGGAAUUUAUAUUUGGACCCUCUGAAAUAAUCCAAUAGAGGCUUGUUGUAAGGACGGUGUUUCACUGAGCUUCACUUUGCUUCUUUCUCUCUCUUUGGACGGGAAAUGCUUUUAGGGUCAAAAUAAGUUGACAUGUUUUGCUUCGUUAGAAGUGUAGGAAUAAUUUAUGAAACGCAGAAAAGGGGCCGGUAGAUCUUUAACCACAAUUUCCAAACAAGCUGAAGAAUGAACGGAGCACUUAUUGUAAGUCGCUUUGGAUUAAAGCGUCAGCUAAAAGACCGAGUGAAACCAAAGUUACUUUCUCUUUUUUUUAUUUUUUUAAACGGAUGACUGGUCAUCCUCCGUAACCGAACGUACCCAUCAGAGAACAUUUCUACAGAUUACAGUUUAAAAGUGAGUGAGAUGAAGUCCUGUUGUAGAUGCAAUAUUUCACCUUUGGAUUCAUUUAGAUCUGUAGUUUCAAGUCUGUUUUUGCAAGGAACUUUAGACAGAUAUUCAAUCUUUAUCUGUGCUUUUUGCUGACAAUAACUUGGUUGUUAUUCCUGUGUGUAAACGUCAUGUAAACCAGACUAUUUAUUUAGCCUAGUUUACUGUAACUGUAGACAUACUGAAAAAGAUGUUUUAAAAUUCUUUUAACUCUUCGACCUGAUGCAUAUUAUCAUCUGGUAUGAACCGAUAUUACUUGAACAUAUAAUUAGAACAAAACAGUUUGCAUUAAAAGAGAUGUAUCACUUC